GUAAGCUAUCGUCACAGAUGACGUAUAUUCCGGGCGGAAAUUGUUGAAUUUUGUAAUAAAUACUUCAAAUUCUAAAUAUUUACAUCUGAAUUGACUGUAUGAAACUAGCACAAUAAGUGGAUGAUCGGGUAAUCACCGUGGAUUAAUAGAAGAUAAAUUAAUAAAAAUAAAGUCCUCGGACGCCAUUUUGUAUUUUAUUUGCGUUUGUGCAGCUAGGUGAAGGAAGUGGAGUCCCAAAUCAUUAGUUUAGCGUUAAUUACUCGCCCACUAAAAAACAACACUUCUACAGUCGCGGUAAACAUUUUGAUUCAAUUUCUAGUCCAUAUCACACACAAGUAACGUAUACCUUUAAACUAGACUAAGGUAAGGGAAAUGUGAUCAUUUGUGAUGUUGUGAUGGUAAAUAUAUUCAUUUACUUCAUGUCUUGGCAAGUAAUGCAUCACUUAGGAGUUGAAACCAUUGAGACAGCUCAGAAGAACACAGAUGAUGCAGUGAUUUACACCAGCAGCCGCAACACUACCAAGACAGAUCUCCGUUUGCUGCUGGAAUGUGUCAAGUUCCAGAUGGACUCUCCAGAACAGCAAAAUAAAGCCCUUGUCUCUAUCAACUCCAUAUGUGAGAAAAAAGAGCACAAUGUGGACUUGCUGAGAGAAAUGGGAGGAGUGAUGUUUGUGUGCAAUCUCUUCAAAUCCGAUGUGGUUCAUCCAAAUGUGAAGCAGACUGCGCUCUUUACACUCAGCACAUUAGCAGAAGCCAAUGUGGACUGCAAGAAUAAUCUGUGCCAAAGGGAGAUGUUUCUGGACCUCUGCGCAUAUAUGAAGGAAGAAAAUACCUCACUCAAGGAGAAGAGUGUCUCCGUCUAUUUACUGUCCGUGUUGGUAGCCAACAACAAGGCAGGGCAGACAUUAGCCCAGACUACUGGCUGCAUAGAUACUCUGCUGAACCUCUUCAGGAACAUGUUCCCUGAAUCUACCGCCGACUCUGCUCACGUUUGUCUAUGGGCAUUAGUGUCAAAUGCUCUCUGUGGGUGUGUCAAUAACCCUCAAAAUGAGCAGGCUCAACAAGUCUGUGUGUCAUCCUUUCCCCAAAUAAAAAUGUGGCUUUGGCAGAUUCCGUUGCCUGGCUUCGAGGUGUGUCGAUACCUUUGCUUCUUCAUAGCCAUGACAGUUUCCAACAACGAAGGCGUUCAAAGGAACUUUGCUGCCACCGGGCUCUUAGAAACCCUUAUUUACAUGCUAGUCCAUCUGGCGUCGGAAUCUGACACAAACCUGUCAUGUCGCCAGCUUCUAAUAAUCAUAAUCAAGACUGUGUCUGCUUGUAUCGGUAACAACGCAAACCUGUCUGCAGGUUUGGCCCGCUAUAGUGUCGUGGAUCAUCUUGUUACCCUGCUGACUUGCCCGCACCUCAACUGUGAGGACAGACUGGCAGUGCUCAUUUUGCUAGGACAUUUCACUGAAGCCUCUGAGGAACACCAGUCCCAACUGUUGCAGUGUGGAGGCCUUCCGCUCAUCAUCACGCUGCUCGCUGAAGAUACAGACAAGGAAGUCAGGAAGUUUGCAACGUUCAUAUUGCAGACCUGCAAACAGGCUCUUACAUCAUUGGGAAUCCCUGGUCCAAAGCAAGAGGAAGAUGAGAAGCUUGACACAGAAGCCGCUGAAGAGUCUGGUCCAGUUUCUUUUCCUGCAACCUCACAGCUGUUGCAAGAAGGUUGCCAGUCACUCAAGCCCAAGACUCUUAGUGUCCUUAAAAUGCUGGAUUCCUCCAAGGUAGCCAACACGACGGAGAAAACAGAAGCAGGAGGCAGAUGCGUCAAGAGUGCAAAACCAUGUGCUGGGAAAGAUAUGGCGGAAAGCAGCAGGCGAAAUGUGUCAUGUUCAUUAUGUAACGGUACUGGAUUCCUCAACCAGUUCCAAGGACAGCCGCGAGAGGAUGGCCGGGAUACACAUACAAAAGACAGGCUGCCAUUGAACUCUCCAGAGCAAGAUCUAGUACCCAGAGUUAUUAAAUUCAGUGAUGCAAAAAAGUUGCAGGACCGCAACAUAUUUAAGGAGAGAAGACAAGAGGAAGAAUCCCGAAACAAUGAAAGAUGCGCAGUUUGCGUAAUACCUUUCGAGAGAGUGACCAGUCGCACUUUUGCAUCCGUCCUGGAAUCAUGUCGUCAGAUGUGCGAAAUCCACAAGGUCCUUCUCGAGGCGACAGAGCACUUCAAGGCUCCCCACCGCCGCUCUCUGUUGAAGGGAGAGAACGUAGUGGUGGACCCGACCAACAUGGAACCUGAGAGGGACUCGGUGAGAACGCCUCAGAGAACCCUCGCAAGACCCAGGAUUCCGUGUUUGAAUUUAAAAAAUGUCAUCCUGACUCCCAUCCAUAAAGGAGCACAGCAAAAACUCCCUAAAAAAAUUAUAAAGUUGUACAAUGGUAAGAAUGUCAGUUUUGUCUAAUCGUGCCACUUGAGAGGAAGAAAUGAGAAUUGUGUCAUUUCAGUGUUAAGACUGUCCUAUUUCUCGCUCUAGACAAGUGAAGCCACAGGGUGCUGCUGACUGUGUGAGAGCUCCUGGACCAAAUAUCUUGACCCUUUCAUCACUUUCGACCUAUACUGUUUUGCUACACAAUCUUCAACACUGCAGUUUAAAUGUGCUCCUGUAGGCUGAGUUAUUCGACAGCACAUACAAACUAGUUCAGAUGAACCCUUAAGCAUGUGUUGUAAUUGUUAAUGGUUUAUUCGUUGGCAUUUAUUAAUUCAAAUGGUAUAUAUUUAAGCAUUGUCGUGUCUGGUUCCAUGUAACAUAAAGUUUUGAUUGACGCUGUCACCUCGCUACUCAUUUAAGUAUAUUCUUACUGUUGGCUCCAGGUACUGUGGUUUCCUCCCACAUUCUGGGAAAAAAAAAGGAUGUUAGGCUGAUUAACUUUAAACUAGGUGUGAAUGAAACAGACAAUACAUGUCCAAUAGUUAGUUGUCCAUUUGUGCUCAGAGAUUGAAAUUAGGGACCAAUCUGGGAUAAAUAUAGUUGGAAAUAGAUAGCUGGUAUGUGACAGCUAGCAGCAAUUGUUGUCAUUCUAACAGACUUUGUACUUUUUGCAGAACAACAUUAAAUUGCUGAAUCAGAGAGAGAGCGAGAGAGAGACACUCCCAGCAAUUGUCGUGUCAUUUUCCGUUUGACUGGCUGCAACAGGAUAUAUGAAGGAAGGAUGUUUAAAUCAAGCCUUCCUGCAGCAGGCUCUGAAUAAAGAUAGUUCACUCAUCCCUUUUACACAAGUAGAACGGGUUAAGAAGGGGUCUUCUGGAUGACAAAGAUGCAAUCGAUGCAGAUUAGGCAAUUUAAAUGACUGUAUAAAAUACAAAUACAUACAUACGUACCUACAUACAUACCGUAAUUUUCGGACUAUAAGUCGCGUUUUUUUUCAUAAUUUGGGUGGGGGGGCGACUUAUAAUAAGGAGCGACUUAUAUGUGGGUUUUUUCAAAAAUUUUCCCCCAAAAAAUGAAGUGAAACCGCAAUGAAGCAAGGGAUUACUGUAAUUUGAAUUUCAAGUGACGUCAUCAGCGCAACGCGGCGGUUGUUUACAGAAGGACAAAGAUUGAUCACGGGAUGACGAAGAUGACGAAGGACCCCACGUACUACCGGCAUCAUUAGCGGCUUUGUUUCUAAGUGAUACGGCGGACGAAGCGUGUGAAGGAUUUAAGGAUUUGGAGUGACACAGAAGGUUUGAAAAACUAUUAUGGCUUUUACCCACGCCCGGUCCUACUCUACCGAACUCUCUUUCACCUUCGUGGAUUGAAGUCGGGGGCCAGCGCUCGGCCGGGUGGCUGUCCAGGCACGGUGGAUGAGGCUCGGAAAAUGCUUUUACGCACGCCCGGUCCUACUCUACCGAGCUGUCUUUCACCUCCGUGGAUGGAAGUCGAGGGCCGGCGCUCGGCCGGGUGGCUGUCCAGGGACGGUGGAUGGGGCUCGGUGAUGGCUUUUACGCACGCCCGGUCCUAUUCUAUGGAUCUCUCUUCCGUGGCUGGACGUCCACGCCGCCACACGCCUGGAACUUUGUUUUGUUAAAUAAAGAGUCGUUUACCAAA